AUGAGCAACAAACUUGUGACCCACAUAGGUAGUAUUUGGGCCAGCAAGAAAAGUAGCAUCGAUAUAGCGUUAAACUCUAUGAAUAACGUUGCUGUUUACUUUCUAUACUUAAUCACCCCCCUCUCAUCGCUCAGUGAGCAUCCAAAACUCAUAAUUAUUUCAUGUGAUGGUUUUCGAUAUGACCAACUGGAUUCGAGAUUGGUGCCAAAUCUAGCAAAGUGGGCCUCCUCAGGAGCUCAUUUCAUUAACGGUGUAGCCCCUCAAUUUCCUACCUUCACUUCAGUAAAUCAUAUGGCAAUUUCUACAGGCCUUUACACUGAAAGCCAUGGUGUUGUUUCAAAUGUUUUCUUUGAUAGAUCAAGAGGCAAAGUAUUCGAUUACUGGAAUGACACUAAGACUCCAGGGAUCUACGCAGAAACGGUAGACGGGACGUUUUUUCGCCAAUCUGGCGAACCAAUUUGGAUCACAAAUGAAAGGCAGGAACCUUAG